AUGGAUGAAGAUUUAUAUAUUAAUGGUAGAAGUGUAAAUACAUUAAGUAAUAAUGAAAUUAAGAAAGUUCUUUCAGGUAAAGGUGCUAAAAAGAAAAGAUCUAGUUUUUUGGAAAAAUAUAAUAAUAGUGAUGAUCUACAUCCACAAAAAAGAAGAUCUGUUCUUAACCCCAGUAAACUAACCGAUUUUAAAAAUAGUGAUGUUGAUAAUAGUUCAAAACAACAAUUAUCAAAUCACGAUAUUAAUAAAACAAAUGCACAAGAAUUAUUUAUAAAGAUUACUAAUAAAGUAGAUUUUAGUUCAGUAUUGCGUAAUACAGGUUUAGAUGGCAGUUUAAACUUUCAACUGAUUACUGAAUAUGCUAAAUAUAUUUCACUAAGGGUUAUAUCUAACGAUCUUGACUCAACUCUUUUACAACCACCACCAAUGCUUUUGGUUUUUUAUAAAAAUCAUAUUUUAGAUACAAGAAACUACAAUGAUUUUUUAAAACUAAUAGGGGCAAAUUUAAACACAGAUCCAAAUAGAAAUAUGUUUGAUAUUAAUUUUGAUGAUGAUGAAGAAAACAAUUUAUUAUCAAAAAGAUAUGAACACACUCUAAAUAUUUAUAAAAAUCUUUUUGGGGAAAUAAAUAAUAAAAUUUGGCCAGAAAAUUGGGAACACGUUUUAGAACCAAGAAAAUCAUUAGUAAAAAAAGAGAUACAAUAUGAAGAAAGUUGUAUAGUACUAGAAGAUAGUGACACCGAAGUCAGUGUAAAAGAAAAAAGAAAUUUAGAAAUUAUAUGUAUAGAUACGGAAGAAUCUGAACAAGAAGAUGAAUUUGUUCAUUUUGAAAAACAAAAUAAUGAGGAAAACUAUAGUAAUAACAAUUAUAAUAAUAUUAAUAAAAACAAUAAAAACAAUAAUAGUAAUAAUAAUGAUAAUGAAAACGAUAUUGAUAAUUGUAAUGAUAAUGAUAAUGAAAAAGAUAUUAAUGAUAAAAAUGAUAAAAUUAAUAAUGAUAUUAACAAUAAUAAAAUCGAUAUUAAUUAUAAUAAUAACAAUAAUAUUGACAAUAACCAUAAGGAGGGGGAUAUUUCAAAUACAAUUAAUGGAAAUAAAUCCAAAAAACCAAUUAUUUCAAAAAAAAAGAAACAAAAAAAAACAACAUUAUUUAAAGGUCUUAAUUUUUUAAUAACAGGUUUUGAUAAAGAUGCAGAAAAAAUUUCUGAAUUCAUUACUCUUGGUAGUGGUAAAGUUUAUGACAACAUAAAUACCUUUUUCUCAAUAAGUGAUAAACAUAUUGGUAAUAUUCCAAACAAGAUGAUAUUGGCAUCAGAAUCGGCUAAAACAAUUAAAUGUAUACGAGGUAUAGUAGAAGGGGUUGAUUGUAUCAAAGUUGAUUGGAUAUAUGAUUUUAGUGAACCGGAAAAGUUAAAGCCUUUCGACAAUUAUAUUCUACCAUUUGGUAAAUCUGUAUUUACCCAAAAUAACAUAUAUCCAACUGAAGAUUUUAAUAUCAAGGAGUUGUUUUCUAAUUUUAAAAUAGAAAUUUUAACACAAGAUAGAAACGGUUCAUUCAUAGAUGAUUGGUCUCCAAUCUUAAGGAAAUGUGGUGCCAAGGUGGUUAAGCGUAUGUUUGCCAAAAGCAAGACCGAUGUCUAUCUUUUAGAUGAUAGGUAUACCAACACUCCUUUCCAUAAAAUAUCUUCAGACACUGGUGUCCCUAUAGUCUCGACUAAAUGGGUAUUUCAAUCUAUAAUCCACCAAAAAAGAUUAGAUUAUAAUAUUCACCCCAGUUUUUUAAUUUUAAAUAAUGAACAAAAAUAUAAAAAAUAA